AUGGACGAAGCGGCCUUUCGCAGAGCCAUAAAACGAAGACAGAUCCUUCUCGAGCUUGUCACCACUGAAGAGAGCUACAUCGCUGAUUUGAAGGCUCUGAUUUAUCUAUACUCGACUCUCUUAGCAACUGCGGCGACAGUCUCGAACCGGGUCAGGUCGUCCGUGUUGAGGAAUGUCCAUGGCCUUCUUUCUGUCCAUGAAAGACUCCUCGAGCGGUUACAUCGAGCUGCAUACGACGCGGCGGCACGAAAAUGGGCGGAUACUACCUCACCCCGCCAUCUUGGCUCACCUCGCUGCCACAAACGAUGGAAGAGUCUUGAGUCAAAUGCCGCAGCCAGAUUUGGACGCAGCCACUGGCGCACGCGCAGCUCGAUGGACUCGUCGGAGGUAUGCCGCGGUCGGACUUACCUAGGCGGUGCCGAGCCGCAGGAUGCUGCCGACGUGGCCACGGUGUUCAGAGAAUUCUUGAAUGACUUUCUUGUUUACGAAGAGUAUUGUGCCAAUCACAGUCUGAUAUCUCAUGAGCUACAGCGACACGCUCCUACGCAUUGGUCAACCUACGAGUCGGGCAUAGAGUCGCUGGCCAGAUCCCUUGUCGCCCUCGACCAGAAAACCCAAAACGAGAGGAAAGGACUUACUGUUGGAGAUCUCCUUAUCAAGCCCAUACAGCGUAUGACGAAGUAUCCCCUGCUGUUUAGCGACCUGCUCAAGCAUACUCCUGUUGCAGACUGCCCGAGUUCUCAUUCUGAGCUGGGAGUAGUCCUGACAUGCUUGAGAGAAGUUGUUCAUACCGUCAACAAGGCCACAGAUGAUCGUGAAACUCGGAAUCAGAUCCAGCGUCGGUGGGCCCUCCAAACGAGGCUGACCUACGACAGGGUAUCGCUUGGAGCCGAUCAGUUGCGCAUGUUGGGCAACGUGAGGCUGUGCGGUGUCCUACAUGUGACAUGGCAGACUAGGAACACCAAGGUUAAUGGCCGCUAUGCACUCUGCGUCCUAUUCGACAGUAGCCUCGUCAUUGCCCUCCCCACUGGCGCUACUGCGAAGUUCGAGGCCAUUGCUUUCCUGCAUUUGCCCGACCUCAAGGUGGAAUCUGCGGGUGACGGCCGCGGACUUCAGUGUCAUUCGGCCCUUCAUACCUGGAAGAUUUGUUUCGAAACUAGUGGGCACCUCCACGAGUUCAUAUUGAGUGCGUGUUCUCCAGUCGAGGAGCAUGCAUGGAAAGCGGGCAUGCGAACUAAGGAAUUUCCUUCUAGACGGACCGAUGAACUGUUCAACCAAAUUCCUUCAAGUACAGGGCUCGACCUCAGAUCAAUUGGUCAGGUGUACAGUCAGCAGAGCUCAACAUUGUCCAGGAAUCCUUCCGUGCAGAGGGCUGCAACUGUCGGGAAUCGAGCCAACGUUUGCCAGGUCAUCAUCCGCAAUACACACAAUCCGCAAGACCUGGGCGAGUUUCGUCAAACAUCCUCGUCAGCCAUCAACAGGUCACAGUCACAUAUGACCUCGAACAGGGUUGUCGUGCUCGCACCAAAGCGAUCGGAGCGGGCACGGCUGGAAACAACACUAGCUGAUGUAUGGACCAAAGAGAAAUUACCCUAUCCCGGUAUGAUCGGUUCUCGCGGUGGCCAGAUAAUCAGAGCCUCAGCCGGGUCGCUGGUCCGGAAAUUGAGCUUAGCGUCUCUUCAAGGUCCCUUCUCGAGGAGAUCUGGCAGUAUAUCCCUUACGAGCCGCAAGUCCUUCGAUAUGUCCACAGACGGCCGCCGGGGUCGAACCAAACCAUCCACACCAGUUUUUGAGGUGCGAAAAGAGAGCUUGGAUGAAGUCCAGCCCGCCCGGGCAAAGGCACGGGAUAUACCUGAAGUUGACACCAUGGAUAACGUGAUCAGUCGGAUGAUAGGCAGCAGUGUGUCAAGAAAGCUGUCUGGCUCUCAUGAACAUCACUUUCUGGGAAGGAAGGGGACAAAGAGGCAACAGCUAGGCCAUGGCUCAGAGCACGAGCUGGGACCGGAAGACCCAGCUGACGUCUUCUACUCGGAGGAGAAGAAUAUGCCGGAGAAGCAAGAAGUCGUCGAAGAAGGACUCGAAGGUAAGAAAAAGCGCUGGAGCAAUCCACUUGGAAUACUGAAGGUUCUGUCGGGCGACGGACUUCGACAUAUGUUGUAUUCAAGCAAAUAA